GAGUGGAGGCGGCUGCAGUGAGGAACAGGACGCCGAGAGGAAAAAGACAGCCAGAGUCUGCAGUAGAUUUCAUCACUGAAGACAGAGUCGUAUGUUUUUCCUGUGGAUUAUAAUUUAUGUUUCCAACUUUCAGCUGUCUGAGAUUCUGCGCUUUACUGGAAUGUGCGCUGGGGCUUCACCUGGACGCAUGUGCGAAAGUAACAGAGCCAGUUUUUAAAAGUGAAAAAUAUCAUCGAGUCCUUUGGAUUCCUGUCAGAAAUGAAAUGCGCCUUUUUUUAAUCCCACGGAGUUUUCCGGACCUCUUGUACAUUUACAGAGACUUUACGCAUUUUGGAGACUUUACGCAUUUACUGUAAUGGGUGUUGUAAACUGACAUUUUUUCACUAACAUAUAUGAUAUUUUUACCCAAGUGCACUUGUUUUCACGGCGAUGAUUGUGCUUUUGCUUGUCCUGUGCAUCGCGGAUGGAGUGCUCUGUCAGAUACGCUACUCUGUCCCGGAGGAGGCGGACCAUGGCACACUGGUGGGAAAUAUUGCCGAGGACCUGGGUCUGGACCUCACCAAGCUAGCCUCCCGGCGCUUCCAAGUGGUGCCCAACUCUCGGACACCCUAUCUGGAGGUGAACCUGGAGAACGGGGUCCUGUUCGUUAACGAGAAAAUCGACCGGGAGCAGAUUUGCAAGCAGAGUGCGAGCUGUCAGCUAAACAUGGAGGUGUUCUUGGAGAACCCAUUAGAACUAUUCCGGGUUGAAAUCGAAGUGGUGGACAUUAACGACAACCCACCCAGUUUCCCGGAGACCGAUAUCACGGUGGAGAUCUCAGAGAGCGCCACUCCGGGCACCCGCUUCCCCUUGGAGAGCGCGUUCGACCCGGACGUUGGCUCCAACGCUUUACGCACGUACGAUAUCACCACGAACAACUUCUUUUACCUGGACGUGCAGACCCAGACGGACGGGAACAAGUUCGCCGAGCUUGUGUUGGAGAAGCCGCUGGACCGGGAGCAGCAGACGGCGCACAGGUACGUGCUAACCGCCGUGGACGGCGGUCAGCCUCCGCGGACUGGCACCGCGCUGCUGGUCGUCAAAGUGUUGGACUCUAACGACAACGUGCCCGUGUUUGAGCAGCCGGUGUACACGGUGAGCCUGUCGGAGAACGCGCCGCUGGGCACGCUCGUCAUACAGCUGAACGCCACCGACCUGGACGAGGGACUGAAUGGAGAAAUCGUUUAUUCAUUCAGCAACCACAUCUCCAGCCGCGUCAAAGACCUGUUCUCUAUAGAUUCACGCACCGGGCGCAUCGAGGUGCGCGGAGAGGUGGAUUUCGAGGAGAGCAGCCUCUAUCAAAUCUUUGUUCAGGCCAAAGAUCUGGGACCAAACGCCGUGCCCGCGCACUGUAAAGUCCUCGUCAAACUCAGCGACGUGAACGACAACGCACCGGAAAUUACUUUCAGCACUGUCACGGAGUCGGUGAGCGAGAACGCGGCUCCCGGGACCGUGAUCGCGCUGCUGAGCGUCACGGAUCGGGACGCAGAGGAGAACGGACAGGUCCACGUGGAGAUCCUCGGCGACGUCCCGUUUAAACUGAAAUCUUCCUUUAAAAAUUACUUCACUAUAGUCACCGACGGGCCGCUGAACCGCGAGCAGGCGGACUCCUACUCCGUCACUGUGGUCGCGCGCGAUAAAGGAACGCCGUCACUGGCCACCAGUAAAUCCAUUCGAGUGCAGGUGUCAGACGAAAACGACAACGCGCCCACGUUCACACAGCCCUUAUAUGACGUGUACGUGACAGAAAACAACGUGCCAGGGGCGUACAUACACGCGGUGACGGCCCUGGACCCGGACAUUGGGCAGAAUGCUGUCAUCAGCUACUCCAUAUUAGAGUGUGACAUCCAGGGCAUGUCAGUCAAAACCUACGUGUCAAUCAACGAGGAGACAGGCUAUCUCUAUGCUCUCAGAUCAUUCGAUUAUGAGCAGCUGAAGGAGUUCACGUUCAUGGUCAAGGCCAAAGACGCAGGGACCCCAGAGCUCUCCUCCAAUGCCACUGUUAAAGUCAUCAUUGUGGACCAGAAUGACAACGCCCCGCUAGUGCUGGCUCCCCUGGGAAAGAACGGCACAGCCAAGGAGCCCCUGCCUCGCUCUGCUGAGCCAGGCUAUCUGGUGACACGUGUCGUGGCCAUGGAUGCGGAUGAUGGAGAGAACGCUCGUCUGUCCUACAGCAUCCAGAGGGGAAACGAGAAUGGCAUGUUCAGGAUGGACUGGAGAACAGGUGAACUCAGGACUGCGAGGCGGGUAUCGGUCAAGCGAGACCCCCAUCAGCAGUACGACCUGUUGAUUGAGGUGCGAGACCACGGCCAGCCGCCUCUGUCCUCUAGCGCCAGCGUGCUGGUGGUGCUGGUGGACAGUGUGGCUGAAGGCCGUGGCGGCGGGGAGAAAGGCGGGACCUCCAAGGCAAAGGACAGCACCCUGGACCUCACUCUCAUCCUUAUCAUUGCCCUGGGCGCCGUCUCCUUCAUCUUCCUCCUGGUUAUGAUUGUGCUGGCUGUGCGCUGUCAGAAGGACAAAAAGCUUAACAUCUAUACUUGCCUGACCAGUGACUGCUGUUUUGGCUGCAGCUCCUGCUGCUCGCGGCAGGGCAGGGCCCGCAAGAAAAAGCUCAGCAAGUCGGAUAUCAUGCUGGUGCAAAGUGCCGUUAACGUCAGCGGGGCUGGCACAGCUCAAGUCCCUGUGGAGGAAUCUGGGAGCUUUGGCUCCCACCACCAAAACCAGAACUAUUGCUACCAGGUAUGUCUCACUCCAGAGUCUGCCAAAACUGACCUCAUGUUCCUAAAGCCAUGUAGUCCUUCUAGGAGCACAGACACCGAUCACAACCCGUGUGGGGCCAUAGUGACAGGGUACACAGACCAGCAGCCUGACAUCAUAUCAAACGGCAGCAUUUUAUCAAAUGAGACCAAACACCAGCGAGCUGAACUCAGCUACUUGGUCGACAGGCCGCGACGCGUCAACAGUUCAGCCUUCCAGGAGGCCGACCUGGUCAGCUCCAAAGACAGUGGCCACGGAGACAGCGAGCAGGGAGACAGCGACCACGACGCCACCAAUCGAGGCCAUUCGUCUGGCGCUGAUCUGUUCUCCAACUGCACAGACGAGUGUAAGGCUUUGGGCCAUUCUGAUCGCUGCUGGAUGCCGAGCUUCGUGCCCUCUGACGGGCGCCAGGGUCCCGACUACAGGAGCAACCUCCAUGUGCCCGGCAUGGACUCGGUCCCCGACACAGAGGUAUUUGAAAGCCCAGAGCAAACGGCCGAUAGAUCAUUCUCCACCUUUGGCAAAGAGGCGCCUCUCAGUUCCCAACACCUCCACCAGCACCUCAGCCACCACCACGGCUCCUUAGAGAGGAAAGAGUUGGAAGCAUUUCUGCCUAGCUCCAGAGCACCUUAUAACCCGGCUUAUUUAACGAGGAAAAGGCUUUGCUAGCUCCUUCCGCGUGGACGUACCAGAGACUGCGUGAGUUUGCACAAUUUCAUCGUGACGACCAAGGGUGUAAAGUUUUCAGCCCAUUUUGUCCUCCACUGCCCUCAUCCCUCCUCGCUCAGCAAAAACACAAAAAGAAGAAAAUUUUACAUGACUGCAAACAAAACGAAGAAGAAAGAAACACAAAGGAACAAAACACUCGGAGCGCUGCCGGGUUUGACAGAGACGGUGGGGAGGCUGCGGGGAAGGAACACAGGUGGAGGAAUCGCCUUACUGGAGAUGGCCGUUGUCUCAGCAGGACUGAGAAGCUCGCAGAGGACGAACGAUGGCGACCCCCGUCACUGAUCCCUUCAUCUUUUUCCACUCUAUGUGUGCCUGUUUACAGCACUGAUGUAUACAUCUGUGAGGAUAAUGAAGCCAGAUGAAGACUGCAGAUGAACUACGGAAGGCAAACCCAACUGAGAGCCACCCAGAAAAACCACCACUCAGCCCUUUAGGCGUCAGAGAGAGACGCCAAGUUGUACAGGAGAAUCUUUGUGCAUUUCAGAUGCAAUACCACUGUUUUAGAUUUUUCUAUUCUUUUUGUGUGGUCAGGUCAAACUUUGUAAGAAAAGACUGUGGGCAGAUUUUCAGUUUUUUUAUUUAUUUUUUUAUUUAUCCGUUUGGUUUCGGUUCAGCAGCCACACGGCGGGCUCAGACCCAGUCGGCCCACGUUGUUCUGAUGCGUCAAGUAGUUUCUGUCACGUGUGAGAAGUGUUUAUUGUACUCUUUUAAAAGUUUGACGCUGAAUAUAAACCUCUCUAUAUAAAUCUAUCUAUAUCUUCUUGUUCUGAAGGUGUGCUGCUUGUCGGCUGGUUUCUGAUUCAGAGCUUUGAUCUGUUUGCUGCCCCUGAACAAGGUCGCCGGUGUUUUCACAGCCGGAGACGUAAAAAGAGACAGAACAGCCUUAGCAGAUGUAAAACUCGACUUCUUAUUGUUUGACAUCAUUUCAUUAUUUUUUCCACUUCAAGGUAUUAAUAAAGAGCAUAUCUAUAAGUAAAAUGGAGGUAAUAAUUUAGACUGAAUCCAUGGUAAUUCUGUGUCAUUGUAACCAAAACUUUUAAGGGUCCAUUUGUAAAGGAGUGCGACAAAAACACCAUCAAAUGCAAAGAGUGAUGUACACGGUGCAGUCCAGUUUCUCUCUCACACACUGCAGACACAGACACACUAAUAUGGCGACAAUA